UGAGAGAGAGGAGGAGGGUAGGGGAGGCCCGGCUUUAUAAAGGCGGCUGGAACAGCGCUGCCCGCCAGACCCCGCCGCCCGGAUCCCGGCGCUGCCCGCCGCCCCACGUGACCGCGCCGACCACCAGCUCCACCUCUGAGCCCGCUUGCCAUGGCCCUCUUCGGGGCCCUGUUCCUAGCGCUGUUGGCAGGCGCUCACGCCGAGCUCCCCGGCUGCAAGAUCCGCAUCACCUCCAAGGCGCUAGAGCUGGUGAAGCAGGAGGGGCUGCGCUUUCUGGAACAAGAGCUGGAGACUGUCACCAUUCCGGACUUGCGGGGCAGAGAAGGACACUUCUACUACAAUAUCUCUGAGAUGAAGGUAACAGAGCUGCAGAUGACAUCCUCUGAGCUCUAUUUCCAGCCAGAACAGGAGCUGCUGCUACAAAUCAACAAUGCCUCCUUGGGGCUGGGCUUCCGGAGACAGCUCCUCUACUGGUUCUUCUAUGAUGCGGGCUAUAUCAACGCCUCCGCCGAGGGCGUGUCCAUCCACACUGCUCUGCAGCUCUCCCGGGAUCCUACUGGUCGGAUCAAAGUGUCCAACGUCUCCUGCCAGGCCUCUGUCUCCAGAAUGCAUGCAGCCUUUGGGGGAACCUUCAAGAAGGUGUAUGAAUUCCUCUCCACGUUCAUCAUCUCAGGGAUGCGCUUCCUCCUCAACCAGCAGAUCUGCCCCGUGCUCUAUCACGCAGGGACCGUGCUUCUCAACUCUCUGCUGGACACCGUGCCUGUGCGUGGCGCUGUGGACGAGCUCGUUGGCAUCGACUACUCCCUCCUGAAGGAUCCUGUGGCCUCCACCAGCAAUCUGGAUAUGGAGUUCCGGGGGGCCUUCUUUCCCCUGGCCGACAGCAACUGGAGCCUACCCAACCGGGCCGUGGAGCCUCAGCUGCAGGAGGAAGAGCGGAUGGUGUACGUGGCCUUCUCUGAGUUCUUCUUCGACUCUGCCAUGGAGAGCUACUACCGGGCAGGGGCCCUGAAGCUGUCGCUGGUGGGGAACAAGGUGCCUCAUGAUCUGGACAUGCUGCUGAGGGCCACCUACUUUGGGAGCAUCGUCCUGCUGAGUCCAGCAGUGAUUGACUCUCCCCUGAAGCUGGAGCUGCGGGUCUUGGCGCCACCACGUUGCACCAUUAAGCCCUCAGGCACCACCAUCUCCGUCACUGCCAGUGUCACCAUUGCCCUGGUCCCACCAGACCAGCCCGAAGUCAGGCUGUCCAGCAUGACUAUGGAUGCCCGUCUCAGCGCCAAGAUGGCACUCCAGGGGAAGGUGCUGCGCACACAGCUGGACCUGCGCAGGUUCCGAAUCUACUCGAACCAGUCUGCAUUAGAGUCACUGGCACUUAUCCCGCUGCAGGCCCCUCUGAAGACCAUGCUGCAGAUUGGGGUGAUGCCCAUGCUCAAUGGGCGGACCUGGCGUGGGGUGCAGAUCCCACUCCCUGAGGGGAUUGACUUUGUGCGAGAGGUGGUGACAAACCACGCGGGCUUCCUCACCAUUGGGGCUGACCUCCACUUUGCAAAAGGGCUGCGAGAGGUGAUUGAGAAGAACCAGCCUGCUGACACCAGGGACCCCCGAGCACCCACUGCCCCGCCACCCUCCACAGCAGCUGUCUGAGCCCUCACCCCCCACCAUGGCAGCUGCAUUCAGGACUCCAGGCCUCUCAUCCCCUCCCUCACCCCGUUCCAGCGUCUAGUGUCCUCUCUAACGCCCAGUGCCACAGAGAAGACGGGUUUUAAGCUGUAUCCAAUUUAAUUCCAUAAUCACAGUCAAUCCAUCAAUUACAGUCCGUCCACCCUGCCCGUGGGCUGUCCUGA